AUGGAAAAACAACCUGCUGAACCAGACGAUUUCACGAAUGAGCCACUACCUUCGAUGAGUAAACCCAUGGAGGUUCAAGAUGCUGUAGCAUCUACUUUAGCAACGCCAUUCGCGCAGCCAAUAAUUUCUGCUUCAAAAUCGAAAGCACAAAAACAACGGGAAGAGUCGAAAAAUGUUCUACGACAAUAUGCGCAACAACAAUCUACUACCACUGCAGAUCAACCUGAUAAGCGUGUCAAUCUCACAAAUGAGCCACUCUUUCCGGCAAUCCCUGUUCCCAUGGAAGUUCAAGAAGCUGUUGCAUCUACCUCUGCGACGCCAUUUGCAAAACCAAUAACUGCUGCUCCAAAAACAAGGGCACAAAUACAACGUGAGUACAGACAGCGGAUUGCUGCAUCCAGAACUCUUGCACAGGCAGCAGCUGCAAGAGAAGCACGUAAUGUAAGAGAUCGAAACAACAGAUUAUGUCAAGCUGCUAACUUAGGUAUUGCCAGUGGUUCUCUAGAAGCGACAACUACAUCUUCAUCUCGUUCAGGGCAAAGGUUAAACACCGUCCAUAUUGAUACUCAACGACAAUUUACCGACCAACAACGUCAAACUUUAGCAACAGAACCAGCAGAAACUACUGUACAACCAAGUACUUCUUCAGAUCAAAUUGAAGUUCAAGCACAAUCUACUUGGAACACGCCCAUUUAG